AUGAUAUUUGCAAGAAGAAAGUUGUUUGGGAUAUUUUUUGCAAUAUUAUUCUUUAUAUUCGCAAAGAGAUUGAUUUACGAUACUCCAUUUUUUGCAAAUACUUUAGGUAAACCAUUACAGAAUUUUUCAGUAAGAGGUUACCAUCACGAUUCAAAGAAUAAUUUUCUAAUUGUUCAAAAACAUUAUGAUACUCAUCUUAAGGACGAAGUAGAUGAUGCUAGUCAUUACUGGAAAUUCACUAAUGCUGAUUUAUCAAAUUCCAUACAUUAUGACAUUAGACUCAUCAAUGGAUAUGAUUAUGAACAGUUGAUCGAUGAUAAAAAAUUAGAUAUUGAAGUUCUGUUAAAUUCAACAUAUAUGCAAAAGACAGAAUAUGAAUCCAAUUUUUUGUUUUUAUUCAAAAAAUUCGUUGAUGACUUAUUUGCACUUAUAGCUGAUUGUAAACCUUCUGUGAAAGGUAUUAAUAAUGGUGACCAUUAUCUUAAGGCAAAAGAAGAAGACAAAUUUGGUAAUAUGAACGGUAAAAUCCCAGUCUAUGGGGGACAUUUACGUGAACAAUAUUUAGAAGAUCCAAUAAGAAAUAAAGAGUAUUUGUCUUACUUCUUUAGAAUUACUCCUGAAGAAAAAGUAAGCUUAUCUGAAUCUCAUAAGAAAUUCUUAGGUAAAAUGCAAACUGAUUGGCCAGAUGAUUUGGUAAAUAAGUUUAAUAAGUUCAAUGAUUUUAUGAAAGGUGACGGUUAUGUCUUUUUAAGUGGUGGAAAAUAUGAUCAAUUAACUUUAACAGCUAUUAAGACCUUAAGAUCAAAUGGUGCCAAGUUACCUGUUGAAGUCAUUAUUCCUUACGAAAAAGAUUAUGAUUUUGAGUUUUGUAAUAGCAUUUUACCAAUUUUAGGUGGUACAUGUAAAAUCAUGACUCAAUAUAUUCCAAAAUCAAUUGUUAGUAAUAUCAAAGGUUUUCAAUUAAAGAAUGUUGCUUUAUUAAUCAGUUCCUUUGAAAAUAUUCUUUAUUUGGAUUCAGAUUGUAUACCGAUUAAAAAUCCUGAUGUUCUUUUUGUUAAUAAGCCAUUUAUUGAUCAUCAUUUAGUUAUUUGGCCUGAUCUUUGGAGAAGAUCAACUUCUCCAUCUUUUUAUGAAAUUGCUGAUAUUAAAGUUGAUUAUGAAAAAAGAGUAAGGAACAGUUAUUUUAAAGGAGACAAGAGGGGUACUCAAGGUGGAAAAGAUACAUAUUCAGUUCAUGAUUGUGAGGGAGCUAUGCCAGAUCCAUCAUCAGAAACUGGUCAAGUGUUAAUCAAUAAAAGAGUUCAUUUUAAAACUUUGGUUUUAUCUAUGUAUUAUAAUUAUUAUGGUCCUGAAUAUUAUUAUCCUUUAUUCAGUCAAGGUGCUGCUGGUGAAGGUGAUAAAGAAACAUUUCUUGCUGCUGCUCAUAAAUUAGGUUUACCUUAUUAUCAAGUUCAAGAAUUUAAUCGUGAGUUUGGUCCAUUAAAUAGUAUUCGUCAUCAUGAAGUUUUUGCCAUGGGUCAAUACGAUCCAAUUGUAGAUUAUAUUCAAUCAAAUGGAGAAGCCGGAGAAACAUUUAGCAGCGGUCUUCAUGAAGUUAGCUUAAGAGAUAAUUUAAUGGAUAAAACAGAUUAUUAUAAUGAUGAAAGCCCAACCUAUGGUCAUAAUGAUAAAGAUCCUGCAGUGAAUAAUUAUGCUUAUCAUGUUUUCAAAUCUUCCAACUUGUUUUUCCUCCAUGCUAAUUGGCCAAAAUUGGAUCUUGUGGAUUUAUUCCUCAGAAAUGCCAAUGGUAGAGGUUGUAAAACUGGUAAGGGAGUAAGAAGAAGGUUAUAUGGGAAAGAAUUGGUGAGAGAGUUGGGAGGUUAUGAUUUUGAAGUAACCUUGAUGAAAAAUGUUAGAUGGUGCUUCUGUGAAGUCCCAAACAUGAACAUUAACAAUGUCCCUGAUUGGGGAACUGAUGAUCGUAAGAAGAUUUGUUCCGAAAUUAAUCAACAGAUUGAAUUUUUAGAAACAACUGUGUUGUAG